CGUCUUUCGCUCCGUCAGUCCCUGCAGGGCCUGGGCCCCACCCCCGCAGGCCCCGCCCCGCCGCCGUGCGCCAAACGCUGCAUAUCCGGGUUCUCGCCUCCGCCGCCGCCGCCGCCGCCGCCGCCUGGCUCAUUCAGCUUUGCCGGGACCGGUGAGAUUCCCGACCAAGAUGGCGGCUGUGGGGCGAGUCGGCUCUUUCGGUUCCUCUCCGGGGGGAUUAACCUCGACUUACACGGGCGGCCCCUUGGCCAACGAGCUAACCUCGGGCAACGGCGGCGCCGCGGCAGGGGACGACGAGGACGGGCAGAACCUUUGGUCCUGCAUCCUCAGCGAGGUCUCCACCCGCUCGCGCUCCAAGCUCCCCGCGGGGAAGAACGUGCUGCUGCUGGGUGAAGAUGGAGCUGGAAAAACAAGCUUAAUCAGAAAAAUUCAGGGAAUAGAGGAGUACAAGAAAGGAAGAGGAUUGGAAUAUUUGUACUUAAAUGUUCAUGAUGAAGACAGGGAUGAUCAAACAAGAUGUAAUAUAUGGAUCUUGGAUGGAGACCCGUAUCACAAAGGCCUCCUUAAAUUUUCACUGGAUGCCAUUUCUCUGAAGGACACUCUAGUUACGUUGGUUGUUGAUAUGUCAAAGCCUUGGACUGCUUUGGAUUCUUUACAGAAAUGGGCAAGUGUUGUUAGAGAACAUAUUGACAAAUUGAAAAUUCCUCCUGAAGAAAUGAAAGAAAUGGAACAAAAGUUGAUUAGAGACUUUCAGGAAUAUGUAGAGCCAGGAGAAGAUUUCCCAGCUUCUCCUCAGAGAAGAAAUACCGCAUCACAGGAAGACAAAGACGACAGUGUGGUUUUACCUCUGGGUGCGGAUACACUUACGCAGAACUUGGGCAUUCCAGUACUAGUAGUUUGCACAAAGUGUGAUGCCAUUAGUGUGUUGGAGAAAGAACAUGACUACAGAGAUGAGCAUUUCGAUUUUAUUCAGUCUCAUAUCCGGAAGUUUUGUUUACAGUAUGGUGCAGCACUUAUUUACACUUCAGUAAAAGAAAACAAAAAUAUAGAUUUAGUAUAUAAAUACAUUGUUCAGAAACUCUAUGGAUUUCCCUACAAGAUUCCUGCUAUUGUUGUGGAAAAAGAUGCAGUAUUUAUUCCAGCAGGGUGGGAUAAUGAUAAGAAGAUAGGAAUAUUACAUGAAAAUUUUCAAAUGUUAAAAGCAGAAGAUAAUUUUGAAGACAUCAUAACUAAACCACCUGUCCGAAAGUUUGUGCAUGAGAAGGAAAUUGUGGCAGAAGAUGACCAAGUGUUUCUUAUGAAGCUACAGUCCCUUUUAGCAAAGCAACCACCAACUGCAGCUGGAAGGCCUGUGGAUGCCUCGCCAAGAGUCCCAGGAGGCUCCCCUCGAACACCAAACAGAUCUGUGUCAUCCAAUGUUGCCAGUGUGUCACCCAUCCCUGCUGGGUCAAAAAAAAUUGAUCCAAACAUGAAAGCUGGAGCUACAAGUGAAGGUGUCCUGGCAAAUUUCUUCAAUAGUUUGCUGAGUAAAAAGACUGGUUCCCCAGGAGGCUCUGGUGUUGGUGGUGGUAGCCCUGGAGGUGGGGCUGGAGGUGGAAGCAGUGGUUUACCACCAUCUGCCAAAAAGUCAGGCCAGAAGCCUGUCCUGUCAGAUGUUCACGCGGAACUAGACAGAAUUGCACGAAAACCAGUUACAGCUUCUCCUGCAGCACCCACAUCUCCUACGGAAGGAGAAGCUUCUUGAAGAUACCAAAUAAAGCCAUUUAUUCAGUUUUCUGGGAUAAUGUAAACUUGCCUCUGCCUUCUCCUUCAAAAGUGGUAUUAGGGAGCUGGAGUGCUUUUUCAGAUGGACUAAAUUCAUGUCUUUUUUGUGUAUGUGGUUGCCCAUUUUAUAAAAGGGAAGUAUACAGAAGAAAAAUUAUUCUACACUAUGUAAGAUUGCUAUUUGCAUUGCCACUUUGCAUAAGGAAGUAAUUUUGGAUUUUGAAAAACUCAAAUUUAUAGAUCUGAAAUACAGCCAUGCGAUCAUAUUCUAAAGGCUACUUAAAACAUAUAGGAGGGUUUGAGAAGGGCAGAAAAUAAUAUGCUUUGGGCAUUCGACUUACUUGGAAGGAAGUCCAAGCUUAUUUCAGUUAAGACUAUUAAAAAAUCAUUAAAAAAAAUUAUGUGUUAGUUUUGCUGGAAAAGAAGAUGAUCAGUUGUCAGAUUUUCCACACCAACGUAAAUAUACCACCACACAUGGAAUAUGCUGAGAAAACGAUCAGAUAGCAUUUGAUACACUAGUCAUUGUCUCAAUCCAUGAUCCUGUAAGUUGUCAUCAAAAUAUGAUUUAGAAAUAUUGGUCAAGAUUUGUUUCUUUAACUGAGAAGAAAAGAAAGCACACUGCCUAAAUGUGUAAAAGAAAAAUGCAGAGGUUGUUAAAAUGUAAAGAGGUAACAGUCUUUGGAUUCGUCUAUAUAUAUAUAUCUACAUAUAUAUAUAUAUCUAUAUAUAUCUAUAUAUCUAUAUAUAUAUUGAUAUAUAUAUAUAUGGCUCUGCCUUAAUAUACCCCUUUUUUGUUUGUGACUUUCAACUGUAAUCAGUUAAUAAAGUAUUUAUUCUCUGCAUUCAGGUU